AUGUGUGCCAGCCAUGUCCUACCAUUCAGCGUCUCCGGAGGGGCCGGUGUCGAAUGUAUCUUUCCCCCACCGGGCCGAGCCCCGCGGAAGUCCAAGCGUCCACCCGAUGCGGAGCUCCUCUCACGCCUGCGGAGGUUGGAGGGCGUCAUCGAGCAUCUGAGUGGGAAGAACGGCGAGAGUGGGGGUGGUUCGACCUCCAGCAUUUCGCCGACUCAGCCUACGCCGGCGACUAUCCCCUCCAUAUCUUCGGGAACCGCCUCCGCGCCCUCGGUACCAACAUCUUCAGAUGCAGAGAAGAAGCCUCAAAAUGGAGGAGGCUGUCCAUUUGAGGAUGCCGAUCCAAAGAAGCCUGCCACAAGGAAGUUUGAAAAUGAAUUUGGGCGGUUGGUUAUUGAGGAAGGGAAGAGUCGAUAUGUGAGCAAUCGCCUGUGGGCGAGUCUCGGAGACGAGAUUGAAGAGCUCCAGGAUAUUCUCGACCACUCCUCCUCUGACGAAGAAGACACACUCUCCAAAGAUUCCCCCGGAUCAUCGCAUUCGGGCUCUCACGAUGGCUUUCUUUUUGGAUUCUACUCCCUAUCACAAUCCAUGCGAGAGUUUCACCCGCCUUUCCAGAAGAUCUCAAUAUUCUGGGAGGUCUAUAAAGAGAAUGUAGCUCCCUUGAUCUGUAUUCUGCACACCUCGAGUACCAGGAAUCUUUUGAUCGAGGCGGCCCAGAACCCUGAUGCUCUCGACAAAAAUUCCGAAGCUCUUGUCUUCUCCAUAUACCUGUCCGCCAUCGUCAGCUUGUCGCCUGAGGAGUGUCUAUUGCGAUUUGGCGAGGAGCGCAGCAGCGCUGUUAAGCGAUAUCGUUUCGCCGUGGAACAAUCGUUGGCCAGAGCAAACCUUCUUAACACCCAAAGCCUUGGACUUCUGCAGGCGGCGGUCCUCUUUCUGAUCUGUGUGCGCCGGGAGGACGAUUCUAAAUUCGUUUGGUCCAUGACCGCGAUCAUUAUCCGUCUUGCCCAGGGCCUUGGUUUGCAUCGCGACGGUACCAAUUUUGCCCUUCGGCCCUUUGAGACAGAGAUGCGUCGACGUUUGUGGUGGCAUAUUUGUCUUUUAGAUGUUCGCGCCUCCGAGGACCAUGGCACCGAUUCACAGAUUCAUGAAAACAUGUAUGAUACCCGCCUGCCGUUGAAUGUCAACGACGACGACAUUUCCCCAGAGAUGACCGAGACCCCCACGGAAAGGGAGGGAUGCACAGAUGUCACAUUUUGUUUAAUUCGUUGCGAGAUUACAUGCGCACUACGCCGAGCAAACUACAGUUGCCCAGGCACUCGGUUCAGCAUGGGAAAUUCCGGUCCGUCCAUCGAAAAUUGUGAACGCAUGAUUCAAAUCAUCAGCAGCCGAGUCGAGGAGCGAUAUAUCAAGCACUGUGAUAUGAACAUUCCGAUUCAUUGGGCAGCCGCAACCGUGGGACGUCUAAUCCUAGCAAAGCUGUGGCUAGUCGUGCACCACCCAAUGACCCGAAAAGACCGCGUCACUAGUGUCUCUCAAGCAACACGUCAAAGUCUAUUCCUCACCGCGAUCGAAGUCCUCGAGUUUGGCCGUCUCCUUGAAAUGGACCCGAAGACAGCGAAAUGGGGUUGGCUCUUCCGAACCAACAUGCAAUGGCACGGUGUCGCAUUCGUUCUAUCAGAAGUUUGCGUCCGGCCAAUCUGCCCCGUCACUGAUAGAGCCUGGAAUGCCAUCAGCGCGCUAUACGGUGACUGGAAGUCUCAAGCGACGCACAAAAAGGGCAUGCUCUGGCGCCCGCUCGCCGCGCUGAUGAAGCGAGCCGCCGCAAGCAGAGCCAAGCAGCAAGCGGAGCUUCGAUCAAAAUUCGGCCCGAACCCUAUCCCAUAUAAACACUCGACGGCUGAAUUUGCAGCCGCACAUCAUCACGCCCUCCCUCAUAUCCACAUGCCGACUGAUUCGCCGGCACUGUCACCCUUGCCCGUCCAGGGACCAGUUUCCGACUCCAAUCCCAACCCCUUGGAUAUCGAUCUCUCCCAGGGUCCGUGGGAGGCAGUGCAAAACAUAUUUGGAGAUACAAACCUUCUCGCUCCAACUAUGCUUGAUAACCCUCCUCCCCAAAAUCCGACUCUAGCCCCGACUACUGCCCCAAUGCCACUUUCUACCCUCCCAACUGGCAUAAACUUUAAUACACCGCCGAGCAACAAUAACAACAUCAACAACCCAUUCAUCACCCAAGAAACCAUCCCCGAGCCAGCUCCACUGAGCUGGGAAGAAUGGGACCAGGUAAUGCGGGACUUCCAGAUGGAUGUCGAGAAUGAAAAUGGAUCGGUUCCGGCGCAGGGUAUUAAUGUUACGGAAUGGUUUGCAUAG